ACUUCAGUUUAAAAAAAUAGCUGUUUGAAUUAUUGGCGGUCUUUGUUCGCCAAGAAGUGCAUCGGUGCUACAAAAGAUAAUACUGACGGCCAAAAUCCACCAGUAAGUGUCUGGAAUGACAAAACUGAAACGGUCAUACUUCUGCUUUCUUCUAUAUAAGCUUCCCAGAUCUUAACAUAUUUCUCAAAUCUUCAAACCAUCUAUUAUCUACAAAUUCAUUGUUCAUUUAUCUGAAGCUUUGGAAUUUGGAGUGUUGAGUGAUUCGAUUCGAUCGGUGUGAUUGGGACUACAUUGUCUAAAGCUUAAAGUUAGAGACUCUUCGGCAAAUCAAUUGCGAUGGUUGGGAGCUUAUUCUUAAAAACUUAAAGUCUGACACUACUCGACACAAAUCUUAAUCAUGGAUCGUAGUUGGAUGUAUGAUAGAUAUUACCAAGGAAAGAGAGGGCAAGUUAAAGAAAUUUUUAAACUUGGGGUUCAACUAUUUAUCGAUACCGUAAAACGGAGGCCCGUUGUCGUUAGGGAAGGGGGAAUUAGAUGUCCGUGUGUGGUUUGUCAGUGUAGACGUUUUUGCAGCGAAGAUGAAAUUAAGUUUCAUUUAUAUACUAAAGGAUUUCAACCUAAUUAUUGGGUUUGGACAAGUCAUGGUGAUUCAAUUCCCUCGGAUCGUUCGCGUGUAGAUGUGAAUCAAGGUGCUUCAAGUAGUACUGGACCAGCAAUACCAGUUGCACAAAAUUAUCCCUUUAAUGAGAUGAAUGAUAUGGCAACUGAUGCUCUUGGUAUUAAUUUGGCGAACAAUGGGUUGGGAGAUGAAUAUGAAGCAUAUGAACUUCCGAAUGAUGAAGCUCAAAGAUUUUUUAAUCUUUUGGAAGAGACAAAUAAAACGUUGUUUGACGGUUCGGAAGACUCGCACUCGAAGUUAACAAUGUGUGUUAGACUUUUAGGUAUAAAGUCUCAAUUUCUAGUCCCAGAAUUAGCUAUGGAUGAGAUGAUCAAAAUGAUGUUGGAUGCAACGCCCAUCCCUGGUGAUUUGCCGCAAAGUUAUUAUGAAGUAAAACAGUUUUUGUCAAAGCUAGGACUAGGAGUUAAGAGAAUUGAUUGUUGUGUUAAUGGUUGUAUGCUGUUUUAUAAUAACGAAUUUGGUGUAAGUGAUGGUGAUUUGGCUGAAUGUAAAUAUUGUAAAGAACCAAGAUACAGGGAAACAAAAAAUUCUCAGUCAAGUAGCAAAAAACCAAUUCCAAGAAAGGCAAUGUUCUAUCUACCUAUAAUAUCAAGAUUACAAAGGUUGUAUGCAUCAUUGCAAACUGCAGGAAAAAUGACGUGGCAUUCUGAAAAUUAUGAAAAAAGAAAAAGUUCAGGUGAGUUGCGACAUCCUUCUGAUGGUCUAGCUUGGAAGCAUUUUGAUCAAGUUAAUCCUGAUUUUGCUUUAGAGCCACGAAAUGUACGGCUGGGAUUAUGCUCUUAUGGAUUUACUCAAGUAUCAACCCCCCCAUAUUCAUGUUGGCCUGUUAUUGUUACUCCAUACAAUCUUCCACCUGAAAUGUGUAUGUCAAAACCUUACAUGUUUUUAGCUGCUGUAAUACCAGGACCAUCUAGUCCAACUGUUGGUAUUGAUAUCUAUUUACAACCUUUAAUUGAUGAUUUGAAGAGGUUGUGGGAAGGUGUUGUGACAUAUGAUAUCAGUCGAAAUCAAAAUUUCACUAUGAGGGCAGCUUUGAUGUGGACCAUUAAUGAUUUUCCUGCUUAUGAGAUGUUGUCUGGAUGGGGGACACAUGGUAAAUUGGCAUGUCCUGUUUGCAUGGAAGACACAAAAGCGUUCACGUUAGAAAACAGUGGGAAAGCCACGUGGUUUGACUCUCAUCGUCGAUUCCUUCCUUUUGAUCAUCCAUUUAGAAGAAAUAAAAAUGCAUUUGUUAAGGGUGAGAUUGAAACUCGAGAACCACCUCAAAAUUUGACAUCAGAACAAGUUUGGGACAAAGUGAAAGGUAUGCCAAAAGUAGAAAUAGUUGGUGGUGUUGCUUCUAAGCCGCGAGGUUACGGAGUAACACACAAUUGGACAAAAAAAAGUAUUUUUUGGGAUCUGCCGUAUUGGAAAGACAACCUUUUACGUCACAACCUUGAUGUCAUGCAUGUUGAAAAAAAUGUUUUUGAAAAUAUAUUCAACACUGUAAUGAAUGUCAAAGGAAAAACAAAAGAUAAUGACAAAGCUAGGAAAGACCUAGGGUUGUAUUGCAGACGUAAUGACCUGUUGUUAGUGGAGACAUCCAAUGGCAAAGUCCUAAAACCUCGUGCAAACUAUACUUUAUCAGUUGAUGAAGCAAAAUCAGUUUGUCAAUGGGUCGAAGAACUGAAGAUGCCCGACGGUUAUUCGUCAAAUUUGGCAAGAUGUGUUGAUGUUGAGAAGGGAAGGAUGCGUGGGAUGAAGAGUCAUGAUUGUCAUGUUUUUUUGCAGUCUUUACUUCCGAUUGCCUUUAGUUCUUUACCACCACAUGCAUUGAAUCCGCUAAUUGAAGUUUGUCAAUUUUUUAAGAAUUUAUGUUCAGCAACAUUGAGAGAUGAUGAUCUUAUCAAGAUGGAAGGUGACAUUCCAAUGAUCUUGUGCAAGUUGGAGAGAAUAUUUCCUCCUGCGUUCUUCGAUUAUAUGGAGCAUCUUGUUGUGCAUCUCGCAUAUGAAGCUAGACUUGGUGGACCUGUUCAAUAUAGGUGGAUGUACCCGUUUGAAAAGUUCAUGGGGAAUUCAAAAGGUUUGGUGAAAAAUAAAGCUAAAGUUGAAGGCUCAAUUUGUGCAUCUUACUUAUACAACGAAACAAUUCACUUUUGUUAUCAUUAUUUCAUAGACAAAUUCUCAGGAAGAAAUGGUUGGAACGAAAUUCACCCAUUAACCCUAUCAGUAUUCAACUUGUCUGGGAGUCUUCUUAGCACGGAGAAAGAUUGUUUUCCUGGUAAUAAAGUAUUAAAGUCAGCACAUGUUCACGUGUUGAUUAACUGCACUGAAGUUCAGCCCUACUUAAAGUUAUUUUUGACAUCUGAGGAGAUAACUCCGGAACAAUCUUCUGCGAAAAUAAAUGAUUUUUUUCCAAGUUGGUUCAGAAAACUCAUCUAUCUUCAAGGAACAAGCCCUAUGAUACAACAGUUAAGAAACUUAUCUGAUGGCCCGAAGUCAAAUGUUAAACAAGGGCACGCCUACUUGGUCAACGGAUACGAAUUUCAUACACAUAGUUGGACUCAAGGAAAAGAAACAAUAAAUAGUGGAGUGUGUAUGAAAGGUGUCAUUGAAAAUGGCACAAGUGAUCUUUACGGUGUAAUUGAGAACAUAUUUGAAAUCUCAUACAGUUGCACGAAAGCAGUAGUAUUGUUUUAUUGUAAUUGGUUUGAUCCAUCAAGCAGAGGUACAAAGUAUAAUUCAAAGACUAACAUUGUGGACAUAAACAUGAAUAGAAGAUAUCAAUUGUAUGAUCCAUUUGUUAUGGCCCACAAAGUUAGACAAGUUUACUAUGUCCCUUAUCCAUCAACAAAAGCUGACAAACAAGGCUGGUGUGCCGCAAUAACGAUAAGACCAACGUCAACGGGUCAAAUUGAAAAAGAUGGAAUAGAAAAAGACGAAGCAUAUCAGCUCGAUGAGAUGGCCAAUGUAGAUGAAGUGAUUGAAAUUGAACCUUUAAAUCAUCUUUGCGUCGGGGCAGGAGAGGUAGAAGAAGUACCUGAGGAUGGUGAUGUUGAUGAAGACGACGAUGAUCAUGUGGAAGAUGAGGGUCAAGAUGACGAUGAAGAUCUAUCUGAUUGGGAUGACAAUAAUUAAUUAAUAAAUAAUUCUGGAAUGUAUCUACUAUGUUUUGGAAUAUAUUUUGACUAUCAGUGGGAUUCCCUUUCUAGGUUUUGUUGAUUCUGUAUGAGUUUGUUAAAUGGUUCCAAUUCUAGGCAGAAUAAAUUUGUAUGAAACAGUUGAUUGUUCUCUUGCUUCUUCACCUUAGUCAAGCUUGAUUUUAAUUUCAGUUUCCUC